AUGUCCGGAUUCGACCUCAACCAGCUCGGCAACAUGGCCCAGGGCUUCCUGAACAACCAGGGCGGCAACAACAACAACAGCAACAACAACAACAAUAACGACAACAACAACCAGCAGGGCGGCGACAACCAGCAGCAGCAGCAGCAGCAGCACCAGGGCGGUGGCGGCGGCGGAUUCGACAUUGGACAGCUCGCUGGUCUGGCACAAAACUUUAGCUCGGGCAACCACGACAGCUCGCUCUUCUCGCAGGCUGCCUCGUUCGUGCAGAACCAGGGCGGCAACCAGAACGUCGACGAGCAGAAACUGCUGCAGGACCACGACGAGGUCAACAACCAGUCCGGUGCGAACACAUCGGGUCAAAUCGGUAACGCUGCAGUACUGUCCGCGCUCAAGUCGGUUCUCGGCGGUAGCGGUGGACAGCAGCAGAGCGGUGGCGGCUUGCAGCAGAAGCUGAUGAGCGCUGCCAUGAGCCACGCUGCUGACCUGUUCGACCAGAAAGAUGCCCAGGGCCAGGCGCAGGGCAACAAGCAGGAUGCCGUCAACCAGGCCGCCCAGAUGGCCAUGGGUUUGGCUAUGAAGAACCCGUCGCUGCUCGCUGGCCUUGUCGGCGGCGGCAACUCGGGUGGACUUGGUGCCCUUGCUGGUCUGCUGAAGUGA